CUGGUUGAUACGAGUCGCAGAAUGGAUCCCAUCGAAAGCUCGGUCCAUGCAGGCAGGUCAUUUGCUCACACAUACACACAUACACACAUACACACAUACACACAUGCAUUCAUGGCCAUCAAUCGAAUCUCUCUUGCUAAUUAGACAGAUCACCCACGCACACGCCGCACGCCGCAUACGCCACACACGCCACACACGCAGAUGCAUCCACGCGCAUCGGCCAUCCACUCCACUCCACUCCACGCCAUCCAGCCAUCCAUCCACGCCAUAAUCCAUGCAGUCGUGAAUGCGAUAUAACACCGCCAGGCACGCACCAAGAAGGGGAGAGAGACGCGUGGCAGACAGACAACUCUUCAGCCGGUCCACGGAAGCCCAUGGAAGACAGAACACGCCCGUGUAUGCCUUGAUGCAGAUGUGUGUGUGUGUGUGUGUGUGUCUACAGAGGGUAUCUAUCGUUUGUUUCGUGUCCGCCUCUCGGACGAGCGGCGGGCGCUUCCUUCUCUGUGCUAGCUGUGCUAUGUAUGUCUACGAUCCGAGUGGCCGGCGGAAGAUGAGCACCUGCUUCUCCCACCCGUUGGCGUAGUGCUGCCAUCCCGAACUCAUGUGCAGUUGCGUCACCUGCACACACACAUCGACAUACACACACACACGCACAGACACACAGACAGACAGACACACAGACACACAGAAGGACAUGGAUGCACCGUUUUUGUUGGUAUGUGUGUGGGUGCGCACCGCACCUCGCGCCACUCCUUCUCGUUCAUGUAGAUGCGGCUCUGGCCGAGCGACCUCUGGCGGCGCUUCCAGCCCUCAUACGCCUCCAAACGCUUCCUGGAAGCGCCACACGCAGGCCGUGCACAAGGAAGGAAAGAACCCACACAUCACACACACACAUAUCCAUCCAUCCAUCGCAAGGCCGGGCUUUCGUCCUUUUCUCUUUGAUGGGAUGUAUGGCUCACUCGUCGAGCACCACGUGGCGGUGCUGCCACACGCGCCCGUGCUCGUCGGGGAACUCGUCGUCGACACGGUUGGAAUACCUGGGGGCACGGCACACAGUCCAUCCAGCGCACAGAUCCUCCUUGCAAUGGUGGAUCUGCUCACUCGCACAGGCUGUUAUCGAACACCUGCACCAUCCAUCCAUCCAGCCAUCAAUCCAUCCGGAUCAGGUGGAUAUGUCAGCUUCGCUCACCUCCUUCUCCUCCUCCUCGGGCGGGGCCGCCCCACCGCCCUGGCCAGCAGCAGCGCCGACGCCAGGCAGCGGUUCGCCAUUCUGUGCGCCUAGCUGUGCGCAAAGAUUCAAUAGCUGUGCGCCGCCCGCAACUCCAGCCGCCGCCGCCGCAGCCUGCUGAUGCCCUACUGCACCUGCUCCCGGGGGGAAAACCCGGGGCAUCGCCCGCUUGAAACCAGGCUGAGCCUUAAACUUAUCCGCCAUCUGCAACAAACUCCUAUGAGA